GUCAAAAUAUUUUCCUGGCAUAUCUGCAAACCUAACGCAAACUAUGGUUGUUCGUCCGUACUUCACCGAGGACAAAAAGGUGCUGCCUCUAGACAAGAUCCUCGAGCUUGAGAAGAUUGAUGAUUGGACGUUUCGGUCCAUUGUGAAAGCGUAUUCGCCUUAUGGGGGAGAAAAUGGUACCUUUGGAGGCUAUGUAUUCUCACAAGCAGCUUGGGCCGCUGCGUUGACUGUUGACGAGGGAUAUAUGAUACAUAACAACACCGGUUUCUUCAUCUUGGGCGGAAAGCCCGACGAGCACUUCACCUACAAAGUGCAAAAAAUAAGAGAUGGGUAUGGUUACUGCACGCGUUUUGUGACCGUAACUCAGGUCGAGGGAGCAGGCGACAUGUUCACAUGUACAUGCUCGUUCAAAAGAGAAGAACUAUCAUCUAUCGAAGUCCAAGAGCCGAUUAACAUCAAGGAAACGUACCGGGAAGUACUGCAAGGCAAAGAAGACGAUCCAAUGCAACACCGCGACGUACCGGACAAUGAUUCAGAGAACUUCAACAAGGUCUAUCUCCCAGCGCAUCCAGACCAUUUCAACCCCGUCCCAGGGCUGCACAUCCGCGUACCUGACAUGGCAAAAUACAACGCGAAUCGGACCGCCACCGAUCGUAGACACCUCCAUUUCUACACGCUACGAGGCUCCCUACCAUUGCCGACCGCGCCGUUCCCCCCAGCACCAGGUCCAAACGGCAAGAUUGCGCUCACGCGGUGGGCAAAUCUCCACGCAAUCGGCCAUGCCUACGCCUCGGACCGUAACUCGCUCUUUUGCAUACCCACUCAUCUCGAUAGACCGGAUUUCACGCGCAUGGCUUCUCUUUCGCACACCGUCAUCUUCCACGUCGGAGUUAAAGAUCUCAUCAUGGCCGCGGAGCCGAGGAUCGACCAUCCGAACGCCGAUCCUACGUUGUGGGAGGAUGGCUCGCUGCCCAUGUGCAAUCUUGAGGGUCAUGAGAAAGGGGACAAGGAUGGACGGCAGUGGUUUGUUCAGGAGAUGUGGUUUUCGCGGGCGACGGGCGGGAGAGCGUUGCAUUGUAGUCGCAUGAUGGAUUACGAGACAGGGACUCAUAUUGCGACUACAUUUCAGGAUGGUUUGGUCAGGUUUGCGGUGCCAAAUACGAAGUUGUAG